UUGAGUCAGUCGUUUCAGGAGACCCUAAACGAAGUAAACAUGCCAGCAGAAGCCACCGUCAAAGCGCCCAAGAAGGGCUCCAAGAAAGCCGUGACCAAGACCGCCGCCAAGGGCGGCAAGAAGAGGAGAAAGAGCAGGAAGGAGAGCUACGCCAUCUACGUUUACAAGGUGCUGAAGCAGGUCCACCCCGACACCGGCAUCUCCUCCAAGGCCAUGGGCAUCAUGAACUCGUUUGUGAGCGACAUCUUUGAGCGCAUCGCCGGUGAGGCCUCCCGUCUGGCUCACUACAACAAGCGCUCCACCAUCACUUCCCGGGAGAUCCAGACCGCCGUGAGGCUGCUGCUGCCCGGGGAGCUGGCCAAGCACGCCGUGUCUGAGGGCACCAAGGCCGUCACCAAGUACACCAGCUCCAAGUAAACUGGCCCGCUGUUACCAAGACAACACAACGGCUCUUUUAAGAGCCACA